UCAAGUGCAGAACAAUCCUGCUCGAGCAAAAUGGCCGACGACGAUCUGGAGUCACUCCGAACGAGGAGAAUGGCAGAAAUGCGGGGACAGCAAAACCCAUUCGGUACUAGAGGGGAUGGGCCUGGAGAUGCUGAGGAAGCAGAACGUGCUCGUAGAGAAAAGGAAAUGAGAGAAACCCUUAUCAGUCAGUUUCUAGACCAGUCUGCUCGAGCACGAUUGGCUAAUGUGAAGGUGGCCAAGCCUGAAAAAGCUGCUAUUGUGGAGAAUACAUUGAUACACAUGGCACAGACAGGCCAACUAAGAAAUAAGCUUUCAGAGGACGAUCUCAAAAGUAUGCUUGAAAAUAUCAGCGAGAGAACACAGAAAAAAACGACAGUGAAGUUUGAUCGUAGGCGUGCAAAUAUGGAUGACUCAGACGAUGACUUCUGAUCAGUUUACACCAUCAUCUCUCUUCCCGUCCUUUUCUGUUUUAAUGUGGACAGAUGUAGAUAAGUUUUUAAAUAUAGAUGUCAUUUACUUUUGGUUUAGUGUGUGUGUGUGAUAUAUUGCUUGUACAGCAUGGCUUUAUCAAUCAGAGCUAAUGCUACAUAAUUUUAAACCUAAAAGUGGUCUUGUGGCAGUUUAACACAAUUUUCUUGUGCUGUUUCAUUCUAAAGCAGAGUUGAUUUCAUGGACAGGAGAAAAACUGGUCACAUUUUGUCAUUGAUCUGCAAUCAGAUCACAUUAUGCUGAAGACAGGACGAAAAAUGAAGACCUUUGAUGCACACUUAAAUAUUAUAUAUAAAUAUAUUAAUGUGCUAAAUGCAUGCUUGCUCCCAGUUAAGACCCUUAAGUAGAAGUGGAUUAUUGAUCCCACAUACUGCUAUCUCUUACAUGAUGUAUAUAAAAAAACUGUAACAGUUUGUGUGCAUGUAUGUGUGAACAUAGAUGAUAGAGGAGUAAGGAGAAUACUUGCACAUGUAUGCAUAUAUGUAUUUGUUUGCAUGCUUACUUGCACAUAUGCAUAAAAUGAAUUAAUGUCACAAUACAUGGCACUGAUGAAUCUUUUUAUCAGUUGUCAGUUUGGCCAUUCUUUCCAUUGUCAGUCAUCACUGCAAAGCCACUGAACGAACAGUGAAUGAAAACCCAUAGUAGCAAUAUACUAUAAUAAACUUUUAAUACACAAUGGAGUGCUGAAAAUUUGAUAGAAACGUUAUUAUGCAUAGACUACUUGAAGAGGGAGGAUUUUCCUGUGGAGAACCUUCUUUUUUUUUCUUAUUCUUCUUCAUUUGAAAUUUUCAUUCAGCUGUUUUUCUUCUUACCAUGCACUGUAACUGUGUGUAAUGACUUUUACAUGGCUGGAAUGUUAACCUAUUAAUAUUAAAAUUUCCAUGCUUAAAACAG